AUGGCACCCAAGAUCUUCAUCACGGGCGUUACAGGCUAUAUCGCCGGAGAUGCACUCCACGUCCUCAAUAAUGCUCAUCCAGAGUAUGAGUACACUGCCCUCGUUCGCAGCCAAGAAAAAGCCGACAAAGUGAAGUCUGCAUACCCAAAGAUCAACAUUGUCCUGGGAGGUCUGGACGACAGCAGCCUUUUGGAAGAGGAGGCUUCCAAGGCAGACAUCGUUCUUCAUGCCGCAGACGCUUCCGAUCACGAAGGAGCAGCAAAAUCGAUAGCUCGCGGUCUUGCCAAAGGUCACAGCAAGGAACACCCGGGCUUCUGGCUCCACACUGGCGGCACUGGUAUUCUGACUUACUUUGACUCUUCUGCCGACAAACUGGGAGAAUGGGAAGAGAAAGAGUUCAACGACUACUCCGGAGUCAGCCAACUCACCAAUCUUCCCGAUGAAGCUUUCCACCGCAAUGUUGAUAAGAUUGUCCUGGAAGCUGGAGUAAAGAAUGGAGAUGUCGUUAAAACGGCCAUCGUCUGCCCCCCAACGAUCUACGGCCAUGGUCGUGGACCUGUCAGUGGCCGUGGAAGACAGGUUUACGAGAUGUCCAAGCUCAUCCUGCAGAAGGGAUAUGCGCCGGUGAUUGGACAGGGUAAAGCCAGAUGGAACAAUGUUCACGUGCACGACCUUUCGGACGUCUUUGUUCUGCUGGUUGAGGCAGCAGUGCAGAAGAACCUCAGUGAUGAAAUAUGGGGUGAAAGAGGCUACUUCCUCACUGAAAACGGCGAGCAUCUCUGGAGUGACUUGUCCAAGCUUGUCGCAAAGAAGGCCGCGGACCUGGGAUACAUCAACAAAGAUCCCAAAGAGCAGUCGCUUAGCAAGCAGGAAGCAUUGGACGUUGCAGGUUUCGAAGCUGUCAGUUGGGGUCUCAAUUCCAGAGCAAAGGCGGAGCGUGCGAGAAAGGUAUUAGGCUGGAAGCCAAGCAGACCUAGUCUGGAGGAUGAGGUCGAGGACAUUCUCAAGAGGGAGAAAGCUUUGCUGGGUUGA